AUGCACGUAGCUGAUACAGAGAAGGGCAAACCUCUAGUCGUCAAAUCAGAAAAGGAGGUGUUGGAUGUUGCAACCAAUAUCAUUAACCAAAACGGUCUUGAAGAAUAUGAAGAUGUGAUCAAGCGUGGUGCAUUACUGGCGAAUGACCCUGACAAUUGGGAAAGUCGGACUGAUAUUACAGAAGAAGAAAAGGAAGUUUUAAGACGUGAAGUUACUCAUCGAUGGCACCAACCUGCUCAAAUGUACUUCUUGGCAGCUGUCGGCGCUAUGGCUGCUGUUGUACAAGGCAUGGACGAAACUGUUGUGAAUGGAGCUCAACUUUUCUUCGUUGAACAAUUCGGUUUGACUGAUAACACCUUGCUGCAAGGCUUAGUGAACGGUGCGCCAUAUCUUGCAUGCGCCGUCGCUGGUGUUUGGAUAAACGUUCCACUGUCUAACUGGUUUGGUCGACGUGGAUCUAUCUUCAUUGGAUGCACACUUGGUGUCGCAGCCUCUCUUUGGCAGGCCUUUUCUCAAUCUUGGGUCAGUUUGUUCGUGGCUCGUCUCCUUUUGGGUAUCUCUAUCGGAAACAACUCAGCUUCAGUUCCUGUCUAUACUGCCGAAUCCGUUCCACCAUCAAUUCGUGGCGGUCUUGUCAUGCUUUGGCAAACUUUCACUGCUUUCGGUAUCAUGUUGGGAUAUAUUAUUGACGUGGCGUUCAUGAAUAUCACAAGCGAGGGUGGUCUAAACUGGCGAUUGAUGUUGGGUUCUACUGUUGUUGCUCCUCUUAUUGUCAUGUCAAUGAUCUACUUCGGUCCAGAUACUCCUCGUUACUACGCAAGGAAGGGUCGCUACAACAAGGCAUUUAACUCUUUGAAGCGUCUUCGUUGGACUGAACUGCAAGCUGCGGCCGAUCUGUAUCUCAUUCAUGAAUCUGUACAGGAGGAGGCUGCUUUCCAACGUGGUAAUCCUUUGGCUGAACUCUUCACUGUUGCUCGUAACCGAAGAGCCGCCCUUGCUUCCUUCAUUGUCAUGUUUUUACAACAAUUCUGUGGUGUCAAUGUCAUCAUGUACUAUUCCUCUGUUAUCUUCAAGCAAGCUGGUAUCUCCGAUCAAACUGCUAUCACUGCCAGUUUGGGUGCUGGUAUCCUCAACUUCCUGUUCGCUCUUCCAGCCAUCAAACUUAUUGACACUUGGGGUAGACGACCACUUUUGCUUUCCACUUUCCCUCUUAUGGCCGCUGCUUUGCUGUUCACCGGUUUCUCCUUCUUUGCCCAAGAUGAAACAACUAGACUUGGUCUCAUUGCUUUUGGUAUCUACGCCUUUAUGAUCUUUUACUCUCCAGGAGAAGGACCUAUUCCUUUCACGUACAGUGCCGAAGCUUUCCCACUCCAUAUCCGUGAUGUUGGUAUGUCAUUCGCUACUUUCGUCACCUGGACUUUCUCUUUCAUCUUGGCUUUGGUGUUCCCAGCGCAAUUGGCUGCAUUCACUCCUACUGGUGCUUUCUGUUGGUAUGCAGGAUGGUGUAUUAUUGGUUUCUUCCUUAUCUUGUUCUUUGUUCCUGAAACCAAGGGUUACACUCUCGAAGAGUUGGAUAUUGUAUUCUCCGUUCCUACUCACAAGCAUGCUGCUUAUCAAUGGCGUCAAGCUGGACGAUGGAUUAAGAGGAAAAUUUUCCGUAAAGAAGUCGCGAAGGAAAACCUUUUGGAACUCUCAAAUACUGAAGAUCUUAAGCAAGCCCAAGCCGAUCAAGCUCACGCUACUGGAAGUAAUGAAGCACAAACUUCUAAAGGAGAUUCUGCUGAAAAAUUUCAAGAUGAAAAGGGUGUCGAACAUGAGCAUGUCGAGGACACUCCCAGCGCAUGA